UAUUGGCCAUAAUAUUAUUUUAUUAAAAAAUAAAAACCCAUACUAUUAUAUUGAAUCGAAACACAUUUUUGUUUGGAAACUGUUGUAAACAAACUAAAUCGAAUUUAAUACCAUUCAACGCGUUUUCUUUUGUUGACUUUAGAUUUUACAUUCAAGAUUAUCAUUUGCACUGUUUUCACAUCUAAUCGUCUCAUUCGACGACUUCUUUGAAAAUUAAACAAAAUUAUUAAACUCGUUUACAUAAUCCAGUCAACACUCGACUCGUACAAGCAUGUCAGGUAAAAACAUUCAAGAUGAAAACAUGAAUUUUCUUAGAAAUGGAAUACAAAACAUUGACAUAAAUUCAACAAAUAUUAAUAAUCGUGAUGACAUUGAAACCAUUAAAAGACAGAUGCAAAGUAUGCAUAUAGAAAACCAUCUCAAACAAGAGUUCAAAUGUUUGGAGACGACUUCUUUGGCGGCGUCUACACAAUUUGCGGAACCAAAUGUUAAGAACAGUUGUCUGUUGGCAAGUAGUGCUGAAGGACUUCAUAAUACAGACGAAAACCCAUACAGUUUAAUAAAAUCAUUCAAGAUUACUAUAAAAAAGCCGCAUCACCGUGCAAAACAUUAUUACUUUGGCUACGAUGAUAACACCGACAUUGAGAUGAAUAAAUAUAACUGCUUUGCGAAGUACAAGUGCGGGUAUUGCAAUAGUAAAUUCUUUAAGCGAUAUCAUCUAGUCAAACACAUCGAAAUGGCGCACAAUAAAAAUGGUAAGAAAUCUUGCGAUUUAUGUCGUAAACAGUUCACCGGCUACAAAGAUCUGAUCAAGCAUAAGAAACGCCAUUGGGAAAACAAAUACAAAUGCGACAUUUGUAAAAAACGUUUUGUGCAUUCAAAAGAUUUCAGGAAUCAUAAAAAAUCACACGACUUAAAUUUUCAUAGAUUUAACAAAAUUUCAAAGUCAAUUUAACUUAUAACUAUACUUUUAACUUGUACUGUCCCUCUAAAAAUUUUUUUUUAUUAGAUUGUCAUGUGUGUGUAUAUUUCUUUAUUACUUUAAUUAAGAGUAAGACUUCUAUUUAAUUUUAAAUUUACGCUUGUAAAUCGCAUUUUCAUCAAUACUUUACGACAUAAUAUUUAGGAAAACUGACAUUUUUUUAUUUGUAAGGUGUUCUAUAUACAAAUCUAAGUUUGUAUUAAUCGUUGUAAAUAUUACUAAGUCUUUAAAUUUGGGUUUCUUAUAUAAUAAUAUAAUAUAUUAUAUUGUAUUCAUUAUCGAGUGUAUUUAUCUAGCUUUUAUUAAUGUGAAUUUAAAACUAAAAUUUGAUCUCUCCUAUUUUUACCAUAAAACAAAAAACA